CCCCCUAAACGAUAAGUAGGAGCUUAGGGUUCAAACAUAUCCUCAGUACGUGAACGAAACUCAAGUCAUCCGUUGCCAACGUCAGUUUACAAAUCAUUAUCUAAAAUGGCUCACCUGAAACUUGUGGCACUUUCGGUCAUCCUGGCUUUUCUACUUAGUUGUUCUGUGAUUCAAACAACAGCAGCUCAAGAAGCAGCAUUGGUCGAUACUGUGGGUGUGGUGGUGGCUUGUUGCUCUCAAUGUGGAAUGACCACAUUUGGAUACAUUGCCACCAAAAUUUGUGGACCUAAUGGCUGCUGUUACACCAGUCAUUUGGGCAAUGUCUUUGAUGAUUGUGGUGCUUACACUUUUGGUGGAGCGGGCAUCGGAGAUUGCGAUGGAUUUGACAUUGGACCAAUUGACGACAGUAAUGUCCAGGUUGGAUUGUACCAUGGAGGAACUGACGGCGCCCAAAUCGACUCCAUCAAAUUUCAAGUUGUUAAUCCCAACAACACUGCAGUGGUUCAGACGGCCGAGUGCUUCUUUGAGAACGUGUUCCUGGACGGGACCUCCUUUAUCGUCUCCGAACCUGGAGACUGCAUUGUCUUUUAGAUUGAAAAAUAAAUUCAUAUCUGCUGUUUAUCUA